AUGGUCACCGUGGUCUCUGCCCAUGGCCUGGGCAACGACGUUCUGGGCAGCGUUGGGACCUGCAGCCUUGACAAGCUGCCCCACGCGUACUCAGCUUUCACGAUCAGCCCUCAGGCUUGGCAUUGCUCCCUUCCGGUGUCAGGCUUUUCUAUGAAGAAUAGGGCGUGUGCGGUCCGGCGCGGCGAGGCUGCGGCCUGCGAACACCUGUGUUCAGAAUCAGAACGCGGCGGGCAGCGCGAACCCGGGACCCGAGCUUCCGCAACGCCUACCGGCGGGGCGGAAACGCCGCGGGAGGGGUACAGAGAGGCCGAGAUUUCCCGGGGACUUCGGGGAAAAGGAAAGUCCUUGAGAACGGAAGCGGAAGCGACGCACCCCGAGGCAUUCUGGGAGUGGCGGUUUGUCGUCGGCUGCUUUCGGAUAGGCCGCGGUCGAGUGUCCUGGGGGUUGCGCGUUGGUCGCCGCCGUCCCGGGAAGGCUGCCUGGAGCCCGGAUUCUCGUGAGAGAACUCAUACUGGAGAAAAACCCUAUAAAUGUAAAGUCUGUGGAAGAGCGUUCAGUGUAAAUUCAUCUCUUACUCAACACCGGAGAAUUCAUAGUGGGGAGAAACCUUAUAAAUGUGAUGAAUGUGGGAAAGCCUUCAGUGACUACUCAUCUUUUAUUCAACAUCAAAGAAUUCAUAGUGGAGAGAAGUCCUAUGCAUGUAUUGAUUGUGGGAAGGCAUUCCGAAGAAGUACACACCUUACCCAGCAUCAGAGAACUCAUACUGGGGAAAAGCCUUAUAAAUGUAAUGAAUGUGGAAAAGCUUUCACUGCCCACUCAACUUUUACACAACAUCAAAGGAUUCACACCGGAGAAAAACCCUAUACAUGCCGUGAAUGUGGGAAAGGCUUCCCUGAAAACUCAUCCCUUACUAAACAUCAGCGAAUUCAUACUGGAGAGAAACCCUAUGAGUGCAAUGAAUGUGGUAAAUCUUUUAGCCAGAGCACUCACCUUAUUCAGCAUCAGAGAAUUCAUACUGGAGAGAAGCCCUUUAAAUGUAAUAAAUGUGGAAAAGCAUUUGGUAACAGUUCAGUCCUGAUCAGACAUCAGCAACUCCACACUUUAGAGUCAUACUAA